AGUUGCUUUAUCUUUUGGUUCUGUAUUUCCUUCGAACGCCCAAGAAGCGAAAGGCUAUUUCAUUUGCAAGAAACUACCAACGCCAGAAUAAUGUCACAAACAAUAUAUUUCCUACUUCUGUGUGGAAUUUUCUGCUCGGCUUUGGCUUCAUGUCCAGCAAAAUGCUCCUUACCAACUUACGAUUGUACACAACCAUUUCCGGAUUGUCUGUCAAAAGGUGCCACUGUUGUGUGUGUCGAAAAUGGGCAAUUUAAAUGUGUUUUAGAAGUUCCACGUACUGGCCCAAUUUGUCCUCAGUGUUUUGAGCCCGGUUAUAAAUGUUCGGGAAUAUAUUUAGUCGACAACUGUACGGAUGCAUUAUACGUAUGUCCAGACAGAACCAUGUCCAUUUAUUACUGCGUUGAAAAGUACACCACUACAAUCCCAGCUCCUACGACAACUCUUCCCACCACUACUACCACAACACCGGAACCAACCACCACUCCUAAACCGACAACCACUCCGGAACCGACCACCACACCGAAACCGACAACCACUCCGGAACCGACCACCACUCCGGAACCGACAACCACUCCGGAACCGACCACCACUCCGGAACCGACCACCACUCCGGAACCGACCACCACGACAGAAAUGCCAGGUAAUCAAUGUACAAAAAUUCCUGGACUUAACCUACCUAUUCCUAACUUUUGUCUACCGAAAAUGACGUCUAAGGGUGGCUGCCCAUAUGGUAUCUUCGUGGAGGACCCGAUUCAUGAGUGUGAAAAUAAGAACUUAGCAUGCUGUGUCUUAAAACCGUGAAAGUGAGAAGAACCAAGAAAAAGAAACAAACGCAGAAGCAUACAGAAAGAAAUACACAAACACAUACAGGUAUACACUCACAUAUACAAACACACACACACACACACACACACAUAUCCUGCCGUCUUUAAAGAAAAAUUCGAAUAAGGCAUAGAAUUACGUAAGCAGUAUUUUAAAACAAACUAGAUGGUCACGUUUGGAGGAUCUGUUCGAUCAAGGCUGGCCGGAAACUAAUCACCAGCGAAAACCUAAGCCGCUGUCUGGUUUUGCCUCCCCUCCACCACCAUAAGUAGGUUCACGCUGCUGUUGUUCCUAUUUUAGCCACAAAGCCAGUGAUUUUGAAGGGAUGCGGGGGUUAGUCGAUGCCACCAAUCGAAGUACCUGACUUAUUUUAUUUUAUCGAUCUCUGAGGAAUAAAUGAAUAAGUUGACGUCGGCGAGGUUUGAACUCAGAAUGAAAAGAAGAGGAGCAAAUCGCCAUACAUUUCCCACACCCCCUUCCCCGACGACAUAAUGAUUCUUCCAAUCCGCCACCCUGGACUCAUAGAGUUACUGAAAUCACUCAGGUUCGAACACUGGCUCGAGGAUAACUAUUUCCUCUCCACCCCUCGCAACUCACAUCCAUCAGUUCCGGGUGCUUUACAAAAAAUAAUAAAGGCGCAGGCUACCACCACCACCCCGCUUACUUUUCACAUCAGCACAACAGAAAAUUAAACAAAAAUACCACACACACGUAUACACAAAAACACUCACACAAACACGAAACGAAAAGAAUCCAUAUUGUUGCGUCUUUUCAAUAAAGAUUAUAAAGUUGCACAAUAAA